UUGUUAUUGUAAAAUUUCUUCAGUCCAAAGAACAAUACAGACUCUGACGAGAAAUAGUAUGGCACUAAAGGAAUUAUUUGCAUUGUAAACAUAGGAUGAAAAUAGAAGGUUUAUUUUUUUACUUAUCAUCUUAACAGGAAGUGAGCAAACAUGUCUACAUCCGGUAUAAAACAAGGAAGUGAAGUCCUUUGAGACCCAAAGUUGACAAAGACUAGAAAGGGACAAAAUGUCACAAGGAAAUCAACGAAAAAAUCGCCCACGAUCAUCAAAUAGCGCUUCUUUACUGCUAGACAAUUCAGAAAAUGAACAAUUAUACGGAAUGUUGGGCAGAGGAUGCGUGUCCCUGGCAACAGGUGUGGUACAGCUGUAUACAGCUGAUCCUCCAUCACGGAACCGCUGGACCAAACGUUUCUGUGGUGUUGCCUGUUUCAUCAAAGACAACCCGAAUCGCUCUUACUUCAUCCGAGUGUUUGACGUCAAGAAGAACCAGAUGAUUUGGGAACAAGAAAUCUACAACCAGUUUCGGUACAAGGCACCGAGGGAAUACUUCCACACAUUUGAGGCAGAAGAUGUACAGGCAGGUCUUAACUUUGCAAGUGAAGAUGAAGCCUUUAAAUUCAAAAAUGCUGUUGAGUCGAAGUUGAUGGAGCGCCAUCAGAGGAGACUCGAAAAGAAGAAGAAUCAGCAGGGAAGUAUAAACAAUAACAGAAAUCAGAACCAGGGAGGCGUGUCAUCUCCCCCUCCUUCUAUCAACAGUAAGAUAACAGAAAUCAGAACCAGGGAGGCGGGUCAUCUCCCCCUCCUUCUAUCAACAGUAAGUAACCCCAGUCAGUCAAGUAUAAACAAUAACAGAAAUCAGAACCAGGGAGGCGUGUCAUCUCCCCCUCCUUCUAUCAACAACUCUAACCCCCCUCUGUCGCCGGUGGAUGUUAACUUGAACAAGACGAGCGGCAAAGAGACCAUUUCCAAGGGCAAUAAGGGCAAGAGCAAGGAGAAAGACAAGAAAAAGAAACUGACCAAGGAGGACAUUAGUACGCCAACAGACUUCAGGCACGUCAGCCAUGUUGGCUGGGAUCCUGACAAGGGAUUUGAUAUGAACAACCUGGAGCCCGACAUGAAGGGUCUGUUUGAGAGCGUGGGUAUAGACGAGAACGAGGUGGUGGAUAAAGAAACUGUCGACUUCAUCUACGACUUUGUGGAACAACAUGGAGGUAUAGACGCGGUCAAGGCAGAGAUGGCGUCCAGGCCCCCGCCAGACGCCCCCUCAGCAGCCCCGCCUGCAGUCCCACCCCAACGGACAGCAGGUCGCGCCCCACCUCCACCAUCCCGGCCCGGCCCAGCAGCUCCACCUCCUCCUUCCAGAGCUCACCAGGCACCUCCUCCACCCCCGCCUAACAGGGGUCCUCGGAAUCUUGGUGCUCCACCACCCCCUCCUCCUCAAAACACAGGCUUUCACCCUCCUCCUCCGCCUGUGAAACCAUCCAUGGGACCACCUCCACCUCCCCCCUCAACUGGAUUCCCAACACCUCCUUCCUCGGGUGGACCCCCUCCCCCACCCCCUCCUCCACCACCUCCUACGGCUCCCGCUGCUCCUCCACCUCCCCCUAUGAUGGGUGGACAGGGGAUGCCUACACCGCCCUCUGGUGGUGGUGGCGAUACAACACGGAAUGCCUUAUUGGACCAGAUCCAAAAAGGUAGAAGUCUGAAGAACGUGAUCCCUGAAGACAGGCCAGCAGCAGCACCUGAUGCCAGAGGCGACCUCCUCAGCGCUAUCCGCUCCGGCAAAAACCUCAAACACGUUGAUCCAGCUGAUGAGAAGUCAGCUCAACAGCAGGAGGCUUCGGGAGGUAUAGUGGGCGCCCUGGCUCGGGCCCUGGCCAACAGACAGAAACACAUCCAGGGCUCGGAUGACGAUGAUGAUGACGAUGAAGAUGAUGUAGAUGACGAUGAUGAUUGGGAUGAUUAGAAGACUAAACAAUGGCUUCCUCCUUUAUAUGCCAAAACUUAUUCACAAAUCUUUGUACCUAGUAACCUCCGGUGGGAAGUGUUGCCUGUAUGUGUUCCUUGACUGUCCGAUAUAAUGCUUCUGUUUUCCUACGUUUUUUAAAGUGACAUUUAUGUUUCAGUGCUUUCAAUGUGAAUUAAUUUAUUGCUACCUAGCAAAAAGCUUCUUUAAUCCAACGUUGACGAGAUAUAGGAAAAUGUUGUAUGAUAUGAAGAUGACUAUUUUAGUUCUAUAACCCAAAUUAGAAUAGAUAUAAAAUCUGAAAGUGACUAUUUAUAGAAAAACUUUAAUCUGAAGGUGACCUGGUAAUUGGUUAAAAUCCAAAGUUAAAUAGAUUUAUGAUAAAGAAUUGUAGUUUGUGAAAAUGAAUUAAUUAUUGUGGUCCUUUUAUCUAUUCUGUUUACCAGUGUUAAGUUCGAUCUACUGGUACGAUAGAAAGGUGACUUAUAAAAACCCUAGGCAUGGUACAAUAUCUAACUCGUUGAUAUAGAAAAAUGUAUUUAUUGAUGAAUGGCAAAAAAACAUGUUAAAGAUGAAUUAAUAUAUACGACAGAGUGAACCUAUUAGAGAGCUGUAACGUGGUCUCCUCUGUAAGGGUACUCGGAGAUUUGAUACAUUCCACAUUACCAACAUAUCAUGUAUUCCCACAGUGGAGUUUUAUACGUGUGAAUAAAGAACCCGCUGUUACCUGGUAACUGUCAAUUGAAAAAGCUUGGAUCAUGCUAAUUUACAUUUUAUUUAAUUCCUGUGAAUGUUUAAAUUUUGCUCAAUCUGACAAAUAUCUUAACAUGUAUUAGAAGUAAUAAAAAGCUAUUCCAUAUUGUA